GAAGGCCCAGCCACUGCUGAAGAAGAGGGAAACAGGUAUCUUCGAGUGACACACGCCAAAGGAGACUUGUGGAAGCAUGCACAGCGCUUGGCUUCUCUCAGCCUGCCCACCAGCUAGAAAUCAAUCAUUGCGGAGGAUUCGCUGACCAGCGCAGCGAAUCGCCAACGGACCCAGCUCUGGAGUAAAGGCACGUUCAGUCGCCAUUCCAGCUUCCAGCUCCGCACUGCCCUGUCAGUGGUCUUUGGAGCCUGAACGCAACCGCCAUUGUCCAGGCACACAACCACAACAACUCACACUUGCGCAUCUCGCUCUCGGGCGCAUUACAAAACAGAGUCGUCCUUGUGUCUUCGCUUUACCUGCCAACCCGAGGUCGUGUCCGUAGCACCAGGCUCUCGCAUUCUAGGAGCGACAGACCCCAACUUUUCCGCCCGCCGACUCCUGGCAGCGCGCUUACUCCGUAGUGUUGCAAAUCAUGGCUGGUUUCGCUUCCCAGGCCGACGAAGGUUACUCAGAAGACCCCCUGACCGCGAUUUCCGCUUCUGCAUCCUUCUCCCACAAGACGCGCGACGAUUCGGUCUCGGCCCUGAGUUCCUCUCAAGCUGCAUCGGAUUUCCCGGCAUGGAUGCUUCAACAUAUAUCUAACCUCUCCAUCUCUCGCAAGACCGAACUUGCGAUGGCGCUCUUAAAUGACCUUCCUACCUCUGUAAUCUCGGAAAUAGUAGAACACCUCAACCCCAGACUCAACAUCGACUUCAUCCGCUACCUGCCCCCCGAGGUGUGCCUCAAGAUUCUCAGCUUCCUCGACCCCGUCUCGCUCAUCAGCGUUGCGCGUGCAUGUAGAACAUGGUACGGCCUCGCUUUGGAUCGAAAGCUGUGGGAACAGCUGUAUUAUAUGGAGGGCUGGUCUGCAAAACCGAAAGAGAUCGCCGCCUGGGAGAAGAGCAUCAAUGGAGUUCGUCAGGGAGUGUCACGGCGAGUUGACUCGGAAACUGAGGGUCAUGCGCAUAAGAAGCGCGCCAUUACCGUCUCUUCAAACCUCGAUGCCGACAUGGAUAGUGUCAUGCUGGACGCGGGAGCAAUAAAGCAGGAGCCCGCCGAGAUAGACGCGUCAGAAAGCAGUCUGUUUGGCGGACCGACAGGAAGUGCUGACGGUGGUAGCAUCUCACGAAGACUGGAUGAUCUGGAAGUAAAGAGUGUUGGCUCAGGUUCGGGGUCGGCGAACAAGAGCGCCUCGCUGGACAAGGGCAAAGGGAGGGCACGCUCACCGGAAUCCAGUUCUUCAACGCGAUCCAAAGGCAACUUCUUGGACACAGUACUAGCCACGCCCCUAUCAAGAUUACCGAGAUCCACGCUAUGGGUUCUGGAUGACCACGACCGCAGAUAUAAGCUUAAUUGGAAGCACGUAUACACAAUGCGCCGACGCCUCGAGUCCAACUGGGACCUAGGAAAAUACACAAACUUCCAGCUACCCCAUCCUAAUUAUCCAGAAGAAGGGCAUGGGGAAUGUAUUUACAGUCUGCAGUUUAACCCACAGUAUUUAGUCAGCGGCAGUCGAGACCGGACGAUCAAGGUGUGGGAUUUGGAGACACGGCGCUGCCUCCGCACCUUGUCGCAACAUCGCGGGUCGGUUCUCUGCCUGCAGUUUGACUCUGACCCCGAGGAGGACAUCAUCGUGUCAGGCAGUUCGGACUCGGACGUGAUCAUUUGGAAGUUCUCGACCGGAAAGGUGAUCCAGACACUCAAAACUGCCCACCGGGAAUCUGUACUCAACGUCAAGUUUGACAAACGGAUCCUGGUCACUUGCUCCAAGGAUAAGCUGAUCAAGGUCUUCAACCGCCGACCUCUGCGCGCUGGCGACCUUGGAUACCGAGAGGUGAGCCCCGUGCCCACCACCAUCAACUACGGUUACAACAUCCCUAUGGCUCCCGAGGACCUCCCACAAACUCCGGCUUGGACUUUGAUCGGCGUAUUGGAAGGCCAUAGUGCGGCCGUCAAUGCUGUUCAGAUCCACGACCGGGAAAUUGUGUCUGCAAGCGGUGACCGCCAUAUCAAGGUUUGGGAUUGGCCGACUCAGACAUGCAGCCGCACAAUUGUUGGCCAUACCAAAGGAAUCGCAUGCGUUCAGUACGAUGGCCGGCGAAUUGUCAGCGGUAGCAGUGACCAUGAAGUAAAGGUGUUUGACAGGGCGACAGGUCUGGAGGUAGCGAGCCUUCGUGCGCACUCUGCUUUGGUACGGACGGUUCAAGCUGGAUUUGGAGAUUUGCCCUUCCAGGCCGAAGAUGAUGCGGAGGCGGCAAAGAAGGUGGAUGAGGCUUACUUCAAGGCGCUCGAGGCAGGGUUACUUGACGGCACAAACCGCCCGAAAGCUGGUCGUCGGCAGGGAAAUGCAGGAUCCAGAAGACCGGAGGACAUCUGUGCCUACGGUGCAAAGCUCCCACCUGGAGGCGGAGGGGGCAAAUAUGGCCGGAUCGUCAGUGGCAGUUAUGAUACUAGUAUUAUCAUCUGGCGCCGAGACAAGGAGGGCAUCUGGAAAGACCAGCAGCACCUCAAGCAAGAGGAAGCCGCUGCCGUUGCGGUCAAGCUGGGACGGACAACACUUCCCCCGGUGUCGAAUUUCUUGGAUGCUGCUGCUGCGGCGAUCCCUUUACACCCUUCGGUGCGACCGGGUCCCUCGCAACAACCCGGCGGUUCGUCAAGCACGCUCACAGCAAACAAUUCCCUACCAACACAGACCGCGAGCGCACCACCAAGCACAUCGGCCGGGCCUUCAGUACCGCCUCCGAGACCGGAUAGCGAACAAAUACGGGCGCUAAUCGACGAGGCAAUCCAAGCAGGCGCCCAAACCUUUACACGCGCCAUCGGCAACCAUCCCAUCAUCUUGACACAGCGACAGUACAUUGAAGGCAAGAUCGACCGAUUGCAGAACGCUGUCACACGGAGUCAGCUUCGACAAGCCUUUUCUGGUGCUUUGAUUAGAGCUCAAUUCGAGCAGACCAGGCUACGACGGGAGGCUCAGCGGAACGCGGAAGCGAUUGCGGCAGCAACGAACGCACUGGCGGGCCCUUCAACAUCUUCACAACAACACAGAAACAAUACCGAGCCUGCUCAGGCAUCAUCAUCAUCGUCGUCAUCAGCAGCACCGGCGUUACCGGCAGCUCGACUGUUGACGGCUAGCCAGCAGCAGGCGGCCGUAGCUUAUCAGGCACAUGCGGAACUGGCUUCUGGGGGACAUGGACGUGUGCAUCAGCUUCAAUAUGAUGCGAGACGGAUCAUUUGCUGCAGUCAGACGAGUGUGAUUGUGGGGUGGGAUUUUUGCAAUGGGGAUAAGGAGUUGGAGCAGGCGGCGCAGUUUUUUGGGCCGGUGGAAUAGAUGGGGGGAUGCAGGAGUGUGAGAUCUUUGUUGGAGUUUUUGGAGGAAAAUGGGUGCUGCUGUAUGGGUCUUAAGAAAGGUGCAUGUGUAUAGCUUUGUAGUUUGUUCUCAGGAACUUGUUUCUUUUUUUUUUUUUGCCUGAUCAUUUUUUGGAUCGAUACAUAACGACAUUUGGGAGCGGGGAAGUGGUAUUGAAUUAGAAGGGGUUUUUUAAUCAUAGCAUUAUCCGACCGGGAGAUAUACGAGAGAGGCCAUGAUGGCUCUUCAGCAGGUGUGUCUGUGGCAAUGGUGGGCGUUGAACAAAACUUUGUUGUCUUUUUUGCCUAUAAAAUGUACCAUGAUCCCCACACUCCAUUCCUUGUACACACCCGCGCUCUCUCCCGUCUUUUUGGGGGAGACCUUAACCAGCAGCCUCCUUGACCUUGCCGGCCUGCCCAGCAACAGGCGGCUCAUCGAUAAACUCGGGCACCUCAUCCUGCAUAAAACUCGGCAGCGAAUUCAUGUCCCCGCCCAUCAUCUCCCUUUCCAACUCGACCUCCUGCCCCAAGGCUUCGAGCUCGGCAUCCAACUCUGCCUCGUCCACAUCUUCGGGAAUGUCAUAACUCCUCGCCAGGCUUUCCUGUAUCUCAUUCCCCACGUCCAGCAGAUCCGCCAUCUCGUCCUGCAGGCGCUCAAUCUUGUCGAUGUCGACCUUGCCGUACUCUUUUUUCAGGGCCUUGUUUGUUUGCUUUAGUGCGUCGAUGGUGACCAUUGUGUUUUUGAGAUUGUCCUGCAUUGUCUGGGCCUGCUCCAUGUUCCAGACUUGGGACUGGAGCUGGUCGCGCUGGGCUUCGUAUUGUUUGCGACGCUGGAGGACUUUGAGGGCUUUUUGCUUUAGGGCGGUCUUGCCGGGGCCGUCGCGCAUUUUGGAGAGCUUGGUUUGGUAGGUUGUUAGCUCGGUGUUGAGGGCGGAGAGCUUGACGUCGAUGGAGGAGAUGCGGGUGUCGAGGGAGGUGAUGGCGGUGUUGAGGGUUGGUUUGGGGGCUUUUGGGGCGGGGGUGCCGAAGAGGCGGUUCAUUUUGGCGGUUUUUGGGCCUGGGAAGGGCUUGGAAUUUAGGGGGGAGGUUGUUGUUCGGAAGAAGGGGUUGCGAUGGCGAUGAUCGCAAUGGUGGUGGUCGCGAUAGUGGUUUGGUG